UCCGAGUCCAAGUUCCUUGCGUGCUGCAGCUUGGAGCGGCCGGCAGAGACAUGGAGAAGAGCAGCGAGACCAACGGCUACCUCGACGGCACCCAGGCGGAGCCUGAGGCCGGGCCCCGCACGCCCGAAACGGCGGCUGGCAAAGCGCGGCGCUGCGCUGACUUUUUUCGGCGCCAGGCGCUGGUGCUGCUCACUGUGUCGGGGGUGUUAGUGGGAGCCGGUAUGGGCGCGGCGCUGCGCGGGCUGCAGCUCACCCGCACUCAAGUCACCUACCUGGCCUUCCCAGGCGAGAUGCUACUCCGCAUGCUGCGCAUGAUCAUCCUGCCGCUGGUGGUUUGCAGCCUGGUAUCGGGCGCCGCCUCCCUGGACGCCAGCUCCCUCGGGCGUCUGGGCGGCAUCGCUGUCGCUUACUUCGGCCUCACCACGCUGAGCGCCUCUGCGCUCGCGGUCGCUUUGGCGUUCAUCAUCAAGCCAGGGGCGGGCGCGCAGACCCUCCAGUCCAGCAGCCUGGGGUUGGAGGACUCGGGGUCUCCUCCGGUCUCCAAAGAGACGGUGGACUCUUUCCUCGACUUACUAAGAAACCUGUUUCCUUCCAAUCUUGUGGUUGCAACGUUCUCUACGUCUGCAACCAAUUACACAGUGGUGACUCAUAACACCAGCUUGGGGAAUGUGACCUACGAGAAGGUCCCCGUUGUCAUUAAUAUUGAGGGGAUGAACAUUUUAGGACUGGUCCUUUUCGCCCUGAUGUUGGGAGUGGCUCUAAAGAAGCUAGGCCCUGAGGGAGAAGGGCUCAUCCAGUUCUUCAAUUCUUUCAAUGAGGCAACGAUGGUGCUGGUGUCGUGGAUUAUGUGGUACGUUCCUAUAGGCAUCACCUUCCUGAUCGGAAGCAAGAUUGUAGAAAUGAAGGACAUCAUCACGCUUGUGACCAGCCUUGGAAAAUACAUCUUCGCCUCUAUUCUGGGCCAUGUCAUUCAUGGAGGAAUUGUUCUGCCUCUCAUCUAUUUUGCUUUUACACGAAAAAACCCAUUCAAAUUCCUCCUGGGCCUCCUCACACCAUUCGCAACGGCUUUUGCUACCUGUUCCAGCUCGGCAACACUUCCAUCUAUGAUGAAGUGCAUUGAAGAGAACAACGGCGUAGACAAGAGGAUCAGCAGGUUCAUCCUCCCCAUCGGGGCCACAGUGAACAUGGAUGGGGCAGCCAUCUUCCAGUGUGUGGCCGCAGUGUUCAUCGCUCAGCUCAACAGUGUGGACCUGAAUGCAGGACAGAUUUUCACCAUUCUAGUGACUGCCACAGCAUCCAGUGUUGGAGCAGCAGGUGUGCCAGCUGGAGGGGUCCUCACCAUUGCCAUUAUCCUAGAGGCCAUUGGAUUGUCCACGGAUUAUCUCUCUCUGAUCCUGGCUGUGGACUGGAUUGUGGACCGGACUACCACUGUGGUGAAUGUCGAAGGGGAUGCCCUGGGAGCCGGAAUCCUCAACCAUCUGAAUCAGAAGGUGAUGAAGAAAGGCGAGCAGGAGCUGCAAGAGGUGAAGGUGGAAGUCAUCCCCAAUUGCAAGUGUGAGGAGGAGACAUCGCCUCUGGUGACACACCAGAAUCCGGCAGGCUCUGCGGCCAUUGCCCCAGAACUAGAAUCCAAGGAGUCGGUGCUGUGAUGGGGCUGGGUCUUGGGCCAGCCUGCUAGUUACCAGCAACCCACGCCGGUAGCCUGCCGUAUCAUUUAGACAUGGGCAUGGCCCUCACAGACUUCUCCCAAGCAAAGCUUUGGCCCAGUCACCGAUUUGAGGUGAUCCCUGAGCACAGCCAUUGGGCUCCCGGGCCAGGACUGAUGACUGAGGACUAGAACACUCUGACGUUUGUCUUCAUCCAUGUCUCAACGGAGCUAUAGAUACAUCCUUACUCUAUUUGGAAACCCCCUUGAGCUGCCAGGCCUGGUGGGAGGGCUCCAGGUUCUUGGAGGCCUGGGGGUAAAGGUCAGGGGAAUGCAGGCGUAUUCUCCAUUGUCCCCAACUAACUCUGCGUCUGGUGCUUUCUGGGUCAACUGGAGCGGUUUAUAAUUGUUAUUCACACUGUCUCACCAACAGUAGACAUUGAAGAAGUUCCCAGAUUCUUAGACUGGGCUGGAAUCUGAUAAGCCAGCACUCAAGUUAAACAACUGUACUCCACCUGUCUGGGUGGCUUCCAAGGGACUGUAGGAUUUACUCCAAGUGGUGGUGAGCACAGCUUGAGUAUGCCCUUUCAACUCUGAGGUCAGGGGAAUGACGGACGAGGGAGCACCCUAAUUAGGACAAGAUGGGAUUGUUCUCAUUAAAGACCCAAGGCACUUCUCUGCCUCCUUCUGAGGCUGGGGCCUCAGCCAGCACUUCCUGUCUAUUUCCAUUCUGAUUUGGCACAGGCCGUAGGCAUAGGCCCUCUUUCUCUGAGAGGGGCAAUGUGGUCCCUGCAUUGCUGACCCAUAUUGUCUGCUCAGUGUGUUACUAAAGCUUAAUUAGGUCCUCCCUAACGCGCUGCAGAGCAGCAAAAUCAUAUACUCCCCCAAUAAACCUGUGCACUAACCGGGUGCAGGGAGCUCUGUGCAGGCCGGGUUUCACAGUGUGUGACCUGUGGGUAAGUCCUAGGUCUGAUGUUACCUGCCUCUUACCUGCUUCGUUGCAAUCUGGUGGGGCAAACUGUAAAUCUGUGGAAAAUUACCAUUUUGCUUCUUGGAAGCCAAGUUCGAACAUCUGUAAGCGUCCAGUUUAUGCAGGAGACAGCUUUCUCCGUGGAGGCUGCCUGCUGGUAUGAGCAGCUGCCCCGAACAGGACAGAGCUUGUAUUCUGAAGAGUCAGAAUGACAUUCCAUGCAGUCUCUUCCCUGGUGUGCGACCCACCUAUAAUAGGCGACUAAGCCCCUGAGUCUCUGGCCCUACCUGUCCGCUUGCUUUCCUGGUGUUGUUUAUGUCACUGGGUCCGGCACACUUGGGACAGAGGCCAUGUUAAAAUGAGGCCUGUGCUGAGGGGCUAGGGAAGAUCCAUGAGGAACAGAGCCCAAAGUGUGAAGGCCCAGCUCUUUAAACCACUCCACUCUGUUACAGGGCCAAGGGCAACCAUGUACCGAGUAGAGAGUGGCCAGACCUUGUUGCCAACACUGUUUUUAAUGGGACAUCAAUCCCACUGGUUGAUUACGAAUGAGCAUUUGGUAUUUUUUAAGUUUCAGUGAAUCUUUUCCUCGAGUAUUUACAUAUAUUUUAUGUACAGGGUGUGUGUAUGUGUGUUGUGUGGUUUUUUAACUCCAAGCAAGUUUGAGUUUGGGUAAGGGGAAACUAAACUACAUAUUAUGACUUUGAUAUCCCAAUGUUCCUGUUUCUAAAGAAUCUUAUUAAGUGGUGAUUGGGGCUGGACAGUGAACUGGCUGGACACUGGGGUUCCAACCUGACUUACGGUGAAGAAUGCUACUGUGGUCUGGAGGAAGGGGUUUCUUUGUGACGGACAUGCACCUUCCUCUUGAAGGCCACAAGAGGAGGCAGUGCCUCCCUGAGUUUGGCUCCCGGAGGAGUUGAAGGAAUUGUGUAAUGAGAAAGGAUUCCACUACAACUGUCUGAAAUGUCUCCUUGCUAUCUUUCUAACAUGUUCAUCUCUUGAUGUUUUGUGUAUGUGUGACACUUGCCUUAAAAUAUAGCACAGCCAUCAGAAAUGA